GUCGCCAGUCAAAUAACUUUUUACAAAUCAACGAGUUCUGCUAUUUUCGAAAAAACGUUCAUGCUCUAUUGGGUGAAAACACCCUCUAAACACCAAACUACGCUCAGGUAUGUGAUGGCAACACACGAUAACCACUCUUAACGCGAGUUCACAGUUCAAAAGCACACUGAGGCGUAAAGCUACAAAUCUAUCGGCGGCCAACCAUCAGCCACAUGGGUGGGAAAGGAAGUAAGGUGGAGUGCCCAAAAGAGUAUUUCUCAUGUCUACUCAACACUUCAGCGCAGCUAAACACAAAAACUCCAUAAGGGUCUUGAAAUACAAUAGCACCAAAGAAGAUUGGACGAUUUGUCACGAAAUUCCCGUGAAGGGCCUGUAUCGUACAUCAAUUGUGAAACAAUAUUUGCUCUUCCACGAUUGGCAUGAUGGCCUACGGAUAUGCUGCUACGAUACAACAACACGUGCCAUACGCACAUUGAAGCCGCUUAAAAUAGAGCAGCCUCAGUGGCGUUGUUAUUGCGCUGUCGAAUUUCAGGAACGUCUGUACUUAAUCGGGGCGGAUAGUGAUGACAAUCGUAAAGUAUAUAUCUGGGAUCCGGAGAACGACCAUUUGAGCGCUGCACCCAAACUGAUAGUUGGACGCACAAGAGCCACGGCACUGAAGCAUGAAGGCUAUUUGUACUUGGCAGGCGGUAUGGUCACCAAUCUGGGCUAUGAUCACGAUUCGAAUGCUGUCGAGCGUUACAAUCCACGUCGGCGUUGUUGGGAGCAAUGCGCUUCGCUGCAGCAGGCGCGCGGCGUGCCGGGGAUGGCCUCCGCUGGCGUUUAUAUUUACGCCAUUGGUGGUGAUUGCAAUGAUAUACCUACAAAUAUGGUGGAGCGAUACGACACGCGCAUCAACAAGUGGACGCAGAUAAUCGCCAUGCAAGUGCCCAAAGUUUUCGCUGCCUGUGUUUACUACAAUAAUCGUCUCUUGGUCUGCGGCAAUACGACAAAUAAGCAGAAUUGCUCAUACGUCGAAGAAUUUGAUGAGGCGACCAAAAAAUGGUGCCGAAAAAAUGAUAUGCCCUUGGAAGGACCAUUCUCGUAUGUAUUGGCGACGCCAGCGUGGACCAUGCAGUUGGAAUCGCUCAAUUGAGAAAACGAAAAAUAAUAAAAAAAUUAAGUUAGGAAUGGAGGUGAGCAAUUUUAGGGCACCGCUUAACAAAUUUAAUAGGCCACAAAUUAUGUGCCUAAUCAAAAAUAGUAACACUGGUGCAAUAUUUUAAGUGAAAAUAAAUGAUAGUGAGUAAAGCAGAAAAAAUAUAUAAUUUUUCAUAUUAUUGUUUAAUUUUUUCUAAAAAAAUAUUUUCGAAAAUUAACUAAAAAAACUGUAAUGGCCUGUGUGAUGAUGCAAAAAGAUUUUACGAUUCCAGUUAAUAAUAGAAAAGUAUUUGAAACAAAAUUGAAUUGAUGUUAAAGCAAUGUGAAUAUUUAUUUAAAAAAUUUCAAAACGCAAGGAUCAG